AUGACCAGUUUCAGCCGCCUCCCACGCUCGUCGGCGGCGCCGCCGCUGGAAGAUGACGACCUGCUCUCCGAGAUCCUCCUCUGCCUUCCCCCGCAGCCUUCGUCCCUCCCGCGCGCAUCCGUUGUCUGCAAGCGCUGGCAUCGCCUCGUCACUGACCCCCACUUCAUCUGCCGCUUCCGCCGCCACCACCGCCGCAACCCUCCCCUGCUGGGCUUCUUCAACACUGAUCGCGGCAGAAUCUCCUUCCAGCCAAUUAUGGAGGCCCCCAAUCGUGUCCCGUCAGGGCGCUUCUCCUUGCAGCUCCACGAUGGGGACGGAUUGAAGCUCCUCGGAUGCCGCCAUGGCCUCGUACUAUUCCUCGCCUACCAGCGGAAGCAGGUCCUGGUGUGGGACCCCGUUACUGACGACCAGCACAGGAUUGCCGUUCCAACGGUGUUCUACAUGAACACAACCAUGAUCCAGGCAUUCCAGGGGGGCGUGCUUCGUGCUGACGGCGAGGUCCACGACUUCCAGGUGGUCUUGGUAGCGGCGUGCGAAGACGAUAGACAAGUGCUCGCCUCCGUUUACUCGUCACAGGCCGGCGGUGUAUGGGGUAAUCCCAUCUCAGCACCGCUUCCACCCGAGGCUUAUACCGACGUUCAAUUCACCAAUAUCUGCAUGCCCAGUGUGCUGGUUGGGGAUUCACUUUACUGGCCGCUUAAUGGAAAUUUCGCUACUUCUUCAUACUAUAUCCUUGAGUUUAAUUUGGAGAGGCAGGGCCUAGCUGUGAUAGAGUUGCCGGUGUAUAUGUCUGAAGAUGAUACUGACCUCACGGCUAUGCGUGCAGAGGGUGGUGGGCUUGGUUUCCUCUUCGUGUCAGAAGCAGACGCCAGCGCUCAAUUAUGGAAGAGAAAGACCGACUGCGAUGGUGUUGCCUCAUGGGCGCUAGAAAGAACUAUUCAACUAGACAAGCUACUUUCCUUGAAUUCGGAGGUGGAGAGACAGUUCCUAAUGCUUUCAGGGUUUGCUGAGUGCAAUAAUGUGGUGUUCUUGAAGACAUGGAUCGGUUCCUUCAUGGUCGAGCUUGAGUCACUGCAGGUCAAGAAACUUUUUGAAACCACCCGCUUGUGGCAUCCAUUCGAAAGUGUCUAUGUUGUCCCCGCUAUCUCUAAGCAGCUAAUUUAUGAUUCUUCGGAAUCAAUGCUUCAAAGUUGCUGA